GCCCCGACAACAACUGCUGCACCCACUACAAGAGCAGCCCCAACAACAACGGCAGCCCCAACAACAACUGCUUCCCCGACGACAACCGCAGCCCCGACAAAAACUGCUGCACCAACUACAACUGCAGCCCCAACUACAACAGCAGCCCCAACUACAACUGCAGCCCCAACAACAACUGCUGCACCAACAACUGCUACAACAACUACAACUGCAGCCCCAUCAACAAAUGCAGUUUCAACUGUUUCCCCGACGACAACAGCAAACCCAACAACUGCUGCACCAACAACUGCUGCAUCAAUUCCAACUUCAGCCCCAACAACAACGGCAGCCCCAACAACAACUGCUGCAACAACAACAGCUGUUCCAACAACAACUAAUUUCCCGACGACAACAGCAAACCCAACAACUGCAGCCCCAACAACAACUACCGCACAAACUACAACUGCUGUUCCAACAACAACUAAUUCCCCGACGACUGCUGCAGCCCCAACUACAACUGCUGCACCAACUACAACUGCAGCACCAACAACAACUGCUGCUCCAACUACAACACAAGCCCCGACAACAACUGCUGCACCAACUACAACUGCUGCCCCAACCUCAACUGCUGCACCAACUACAAGAGCAGCCCCAACAACAACUCCUGCACCAACAACUGCUGCGCUGACAACAACAGCAGCCCUAACAACAGAUGCAGGAACAACUACAACUGCUGCAACAACCACAACUGCAGCCCCAACUACAACUGCUGCACCAACUACAUCUGCAACCCCACCAACAACAGCAGCUCCAACACCAACUGCUUCCCCCACGACAACAGCAGCCCUAACAACAACUGCUGUUCCAACAACAACUAAUUCCCCGACGACAACAGCAGCUUUAUCAACAACUGCAGCACCAACAACAACUGCUGUACCAACUACAACUGCAGCUCCAACAUCUAGUUCCCCUACGACAACAGCAGCCCCAACAACAACUGCUGCACGAACUACAACCGCAGCCACAACAACAACAAAUGAAGGCUAGUGACACUGAUAUUCAUAUUGUCAAUAAUAAAUCAUUGAGCUGAAACCGUCAAAGAAAUUGAUUGAA